GCGACAGGAAUAUUACUUCUACCCGGAUUCUUUUCUUGUCUUCCUCGUCCUCAUCCUCUUCUUCUCCUUUAAAUUGCAGUUCAUCCCCCAGAAGUCAUCUCCACCCAACAUCUCACUUGUUGUAUCCGCCCUUUUAACAAGUAAUAUCCAAUACCGUCAAAAUGGUCAAGGCCGUCGCUAUUCUCCGUGGUGACUCCAAUGUCAAGGGUACCGUCACCUUCGAGCAGGCUUCUGAGUCAUCCAACACCGUCAUUUCAUACACUAUUACCGGCAAUGACCCAAAUGCCGAGCGUGGCUUCCACAUCCACCAGUUCGGAGACAAUACCAAUGGCUGCACCUCUGCCGGCCCCCACUUCAACCCCUUCGGCAAAACUCACGGUUCCCCCACCGAUACCGAGCGCCACGUCGGAGACCUAGGCAACAUCACCACUGACGCAGAAGGCAAUGCCAUUGGAAGAUUCGAGGACCCACUGGUCAAGCUCAUCGGUGAGCAGAGCGUUCUCGGACGUACCGUCGUCAUCCAUGCUGGCACUGAUGACCUUGGACAGGGUGGCAAUGAAGAGUCCAAGAAGACCGGCAAUGCUGGUCCCCGCCCCGCGUGCGGUGUUAUUGGCAUCACUGCAUAAAUGAAUCCUAGGUCAACCCCGCAGAAAAUGAAAAGUGGUAUUAAAAAAUUAAUGGGCUGGUGUUUCCGGAAUGUAGAAAAAACAAAUAUUAUACCACACCACAUAUUUACUUUGUGAAGGAGAAACGAGUAUUAUAUAUUUCUUAAGCAAGGAGAAAAGCCAAGAGGGUCGACCUACUUGAAUUGUCAAUACUGAGUUCCCAAGUAAUUCAGUCUCUCAGCUGUAUAGUAAAAUAUCAGUUGAAUGGCUACAAUACUCGUACUUUUCACGUAGAGUAGUGUGCUCGGCUGGUGAGACACCUCAGGUAGAAAAACAGCUUCAUGUCAAUCUCCAAACCCAUUUCAAAUUGCUUCGAGAAACCUUGUACCCAGGAUUCCUUCAGAGAAAAUUAUCACACGCGGCUUCACCCUCCCGGUUUCCUGAAAAGGAGGGGAGGGGGUGGAAGUGCAGGAUAUGUGAUUUAUACCGUCAUGAGGAACGCGGUAGAGCUGGUGGAUUUGAUGCGUGAUGAUUGUACGUACGAGCACGGAGUACAUGUACACAUAGGUGGAAUAUAAUCGUAUGUCCUGCACGUACGUAAGGGUGGUACACUGCGCUUAUAUUUGUUCGGGAUCUGCAGAGCGGCCUGUCUAUGUCGACUUAUGUGGGAGGUGGGAGAGAAAGAUGGGGGGAGCUGUGUUGUCUGCUCUUGAGGUGGUUGAUAGUGUGGGCUGCCCUCGACGAGAAUUUGAGGGUAGUUGGUUGACGUUCUAUAGACUCAAGUGGUGGCUGGGGCCGCUCUAGUUGCACAUCCAUAUACCGCAUAUGGGGAAGAUGAAAAGGUAAAUUGAAAGAGAGAGGAAAGUGUUAGGUAUGCAUAUCCAAGUUAGCUGUCGAAAGUCAUGGGGUUGGUGGAGGUGAAACCUGUAAGCUCCUUUUUUGGCGGCAUGGAUAGACUACAUAGUUCACACGUUUAACAAUCGUGUCCCAUCCAACACGCUCUUGAGGGCACAUCCAACGCUUAAGUAAAUUAAGACAUUCCUUUCGCCAUCCUGGCCAAGGAGAAGACCUUAAGGCAUCUGUGCACGAAGGCCAAGGUCUGGGAAGCUUGCAACGGAGGUAUUUAGUGAAAUGAUUCAGCUCGCCAUCUGUUGGUUCAGAAAACAUGUUAAAGAAAAAAUCAAAGCUUUGAGAAAGAUCGGGUUGUAAUUCCGGUGACAAAAGGCUGGAUGGUUUUGAUGAAAAACGUCACGAUUCCCCAAGAAUAAGCCACUCCAUUCUUUCAUUGGCCAUAUUGAGGAACUGCUAUACUGAUGCCGUGCGUGCACUGGCCUGAAAUAGCAGCAAAGGGGGGAACGGAGCUAAUAUUGCCGUCGUAUUCUGUGAUUAUGUACUAUACAUGCAGCGAGUGGAUGCCAGUACCCAGCACCAUCCCCCUUGGUAAUUCAACACGCGGUGUGCGGCGUCAAGGAUUGCAAUACAUACCACCUGAACUAAAGAGGAUAAACCAACUUCUUGCUCCUCUGACGCAAGUAUAGGGGAAAACUUGGCAACCUCGACGACUAAAUACACCCAGGCGUGCCUGGCUUUGGUUCAUUAUACUCAUAUGCAAGUGAAGCUUAUGAUGAGUUCUUGCAGGAUGUUAAAUACAGGCCAAGUGUUGACAUAUAUUGUGUGAGUCGAAGCAAAAUGGUACUUGAGGUAUAACCGGUUGAUACGUCGCAACGGCCGUUAACAACACCUGGAUGGUCAGAUAUUCAUUGAUCAACGAGGA